AUGGGAUGUGACAUUGAGGCUUAUUUUAUACUUGAUUUAUUUGGUGGAUUUUUAUGUGAUUCAUUUUGUAAUGAUACACAACUCGUUAUUGGAUCUCCCACUGAUUGUACCGGCUACAACGGUUGCUGCCAACUUAGCGUCCCAGAAAAUACAACACAAUAUAAUUCUAUUAUCAACUACAAAGCAAAUAGUUCAUGUUCUCAUGCGUUCAUUGCCGAAAACAGGGCAUCAAUCUUCUUUGAGAAAGACCGAUUACAAUAUCCAGUGGCCUUGAAUUGGCUUGUCGCACUUACCACAUGCCGCCAAGCUAGCAAAACCAGAGAGAACUUGUGUGGCAAGAACAGUCAUUGCAUUGAUUCGACAAAUGGCCGAGGAUAUAACUGUCGUUGCCGACAAGGUUACAAAGGGAACCCCUACCUUCCCAAUGGAUGCCAAGCAACUCUUGAAAUUGUAAUUGGACUUUCAGCUUCUGGUGGUAUUGGUUACUGGACAUAUAUAAAGAUUGGCAGAAUUAAAAGAAACAAGAUCAAGAGGAAGUUCUUUAAAAUGAAUGGGGGACAUCUAUUGAAGAAACAUAUGUCUGCUAAUAAAUCAUGUGUCACAACGAUAAAAGUUUAUACUGCCGAAGAAAUGGAGAAGGCAACCAAAAACUUUAGUAGAAAAAUGUACCUCGGCAAAGGAGGACAGGGUACAGUGUACAAAGGGUUGCUCCAUGAUGAGACAGUCGUAGCCAUAAAGAAAUCAAACGUCGUAGAUGUAGAGCAGGUAGCGCGGUUUGUUAACGAAGUUUUCAUUCUUGCACAAAUAAACCAUCGAAAUAUAGUGAAACUGUUAGGUUGCUGCUUGGAAUAUGAAGUCCCCUUAUUGGUAUAUGAGUAUUUGGCCAAUGACACCCUCUCGCAGCAUCUUCAUGACAAGGCAGGACUUUCGACUUUUUCAUGGAAAGAUCGUAUACGAAUCGCAAGGGAAGUUGCUGGAGCACUAGCCUAUCUGCAUUCUUAUGCAUCACCAGCAAUAAUUCAUAGGGAUAUCAAGCCCGGAAACAUCUUACUAGAUCAAAACUACAAAGCAGUAGUAUCUGAUUUUGGACUUUCAAGGUCGGUACCAAUUAGCAAAAGUCAUCUGACUACACAAGUUGAUGGCACAUUUGGAUACUUAGAUCCUGAGUAUUUCGAGUCAGGAAAACUUACCGCCAAAAGUGAUGUCUAUUCUUUUGGUUUGGUCCUUACUGAGCUCUUAACUAGGAAAAAGUCUAUUUCCUCAAGUGACUCAGGUGAAGGCUUGGUGCCAAGAUUUAAGUAUUUGGUGAAACAUAACCAGCUUCUUGAAAUUUUGGACAAUCAAGUUGUGCAAGAGGCUAUGAUGGACGAUGUAGUUCUUGUCGCAAAGCUUGCCAGGAGAUGCAUGAAAAGGAAUAGCAAAAAAAGACCAAACAUGGAAGAGGUGGUUGCAGAUUUGGACAAAUCAAGAGUAUUACAACUUGAACUUCCUCAUGGGUGCAUAUGUCCCUCUAUUCUUCCAAUCGUCAUAGGUUAG